ACUAUUUUAACUCCCGCAUCUAUAUCUCCUCAACUCAUCCGCUCAUUUUGGCGGCACCAAAACCGCCACUUACCUUCACACACACUCCCCACAUUCACUCCCUUACCCCCCUCUCUCUUAAGAUUUCACACAAUCUUAGCACCAUGGAUUUAGCAGUUGUUUAAUGCUGUCAAUGAAUAUCCAGCUCUCGUCGUUGUUUUGACAUUUUUGUGUUGAUUUCUUUCCGUAUCCUUGAUAGAUGUUCAAAGAGAGUCAGAAGAAUAAUGGAGGACUCUGAGUUCUCUACCCUUCUGUGCCGAGAAGAUGAAACUUGCUUGAUGAAUCAAGUGGAAGAUGAUGAUGAAGAAUUAGAAAGUUUCUACCCGUUUUUUGUUUCUGAGAAUGAAGACGAGUAUAUUGAGAAUUUGGUUCAGAAGGAAAGUUAUUGCUUUGGAUCCAAAGGUUUUGUACCCUUUACUCAUUGCUCUGCCACAAGCUGGUUCAAAGCUGCUCGCUUGGAUUCUAUUGAUUGGAUUUUCAAUGCAAGGGCAGAAUUUGGUUUCCGGUUGCAAACAGCAUAUUUAUCUAUCACAUACUAUGAUCUGUUUCUUUCAAAGCGAUCCAUUGAUGAUGGGAAACUGUGGGCGUUUAGACUAUUAUCAGUGGCAUGUUUAUCCUUGGCGGCCAAGAUGGAAGAAAUCAAAGUACCAUCUUUGUCAGAAUUUCAGGUUCAAGAUUAUGAUUUUGAAGGCAGAACGAUUCAGAGAAUGGAGCUAAUGGUGUUAAGUACAUUGGAAUGGAAGUUGGGUUCAAUCACUCCUUUUUCUUAUCUGCAUAACUUCGUUUAUAAGUUCUGCUGUGAAUGUGAAUCCAGACCAAAAGGACUAGUCUCUGGUGCUAUAAGACUCAUCGUGGCAAUGACAAAAGAGAUUGAUUUAAUUGAUACUCGGCCAUCUGUUAUUGCAGCAGCUGCAAUAUUAGCACUAGUUGAUGGUCAGUUAACUAGAAAACUUCUGGAGCUUAAGAUAAGCCCGAUCUCAUUCUGGCAUUCCCAAGAUUAUGAACAUAUAUAUUCGUGUUAUAAUCUUAUGCAGGAAAUUAUGGAAAGAAAAGAUAAGACACCACCCAAGUUUUCACUCUCUUCCCCUAAUGUGUUACCAACAAGCUCAAUCGAUGUGCUUGAAAUCUCAGUGGGCACAAAGAGAAGGCUUUCCUUCAGUGACUCUGAUGACCUCAGUUGCCCAACAAAGAAAAUUCACUUGCCAUAGUUAGCAGGGUUUGUUUUUCUGCAGAAAAAAGAUUGAUUUGUGUUCAUUGAUUAGAUUAUAGAGUUCUUUACAAAUGAAAAAUAAUUCUUGAUAUUAGGUGGGUUUAUAGGUCUAAUGAGAGUGCUAUAUCUACCAAUUUCUGGUAUAUAUGAUUUGCAUUUUGAUGAUUGGGGUUCCAAUUUCCAAUACCAAACUAAAGUUUUCAGCUGAUGAGUGGUGACAACCAAGAGGAUAGAGAAAAGGGAAAGUAAAUAAAUAAAAGAGGACGAGAACUACUUUAGCCUAUAGGAAGAAGUAAGAAGCUGACUGAAGUCCAAAGCCAUUGAGAAGGGGGAUGAGUUUGAAGGCCAAGAGAGUUUGCUACAAGGCCAUUGAUGACACUUUGUCUAUAAGUGAUUUUUAGUAGUAUUUGCUUUCACAUAAAUGCUACUAUUGCUUGCCCACUUCUUUUUCAAUUUGGUGUAUUUUUCUCCUUGUUGUUAUUAUUUAAUUAUGUCUAUGUUUCAUGAAAGAGAACAUUUACUGAUGUAUUUAUUCAUCACUUGCACCCUA